AUGGACGAGAUGGGCAUUCGACUUGCGGUGUGGCAAGCAGUGAUCGCAGUGAUUGUCGGGAAGAUCAUAGUGGCCGCUGUUGCCGUCGCCAACGGGUUUGUACCAACCGUGCCCGGAUACGUGGUCGACACAACCGACUGA